CAGGAGGCCAGCAAGAAGUGUAGUGUUGCAUUAAAAAAAUAUUUCACACGGAAAACGAAGGAUUUCCUGAACUUUUUCAGGUACGAUUGUGACCUGUAAUUGAACCAAACAAAGUGUGAAACUGUUUCGCACCGGUCAGUGCAAGAGGAAAACAGUUUUUUCGGCCCGAAACAUUGAAACGCGUACGCGAUUUUACGGGAAAGUUGAUUUCUGCGAAAUAUGUGAGCCACAUCCAAUCUCCUCUGCGGGCUCUUGUGCAACAGAGAUUGGUGGAAUCGAUUCGAAAAGUGUGUCGUGUCGUGGUUCCAUACAGUGAAAAGUUAGUGUCCGGAGCAAUUUCAGUGACGAAAUUCACACUCAAUUCCAGUGAUAGCAUUUAAUUCGGUUCUAUCGUGUGCAAUCUACGUGGGCCACCGAAUGGUGGCAGUAAUGGAACGCAGGCGGCCGUGAUUUUCACUGUCGACAUUUUGACAUCCGCAUACAUUCUCGCUUUGUGGAUAGGGCCUGCUGCUGCUACUGCUGCUGUGUGUAAAUAUGUCUGGAAAAAAGUGACACCAGUGAAGACUGCAGGAAUUCAUCCCUCGGAAUCGAGUCACGGCUGGUCGACGGAAGGACAAUCUGUUUCGUGAAAAGGAAUAGUAGCGGUUGCGGCUGUGUCUUGCUCGGAGUAUUUUUCAAGAUCGUGUAGGCGGGCAUAUCUCUGAGGGUGACUGUGCGUGUGUGCAUACGUGUGAGGUUCCGUACGUGUAGUGGCCAUCCAUCCAUCCAUCCAUCCAGCCAGCCAGCCAGAUCCAGAUCCAGAGUUCUGCUGUUGCUGGUUGGUGCGCUGUGGAGUGAUAUCCCCCGCGCCCGCGAUAUCAAGUGCACACGACGAAAACAGGAAAAUGAUGUGUGCUGCUGCAGCAAUAGAGCCUGUUCCGCCGUAUUCGAGCUGAGCUGAGCAGCAGCGGUUGGUUGGUUAGUGGUUGAGUUUUGUUUUUUAUCGUACGGCGCUAAAUAGUGAUGAUGUGAAAGAAUUCACAACCGCAGUGCUUAGUUUGCAUCGGUGAAGUGCAUCAAUGUUUGUGUGUGUGUGUGCGCGCGCUGAUUAUCGCCGUUUCCCAAGGGGUAUGUGUAUGUGUUUAUGUUCUACCAGCAGAGUGCAGAUGCGGUAGAGUCGGAUAAAGAAGCUUGAAUUUAAAAAGUUAGCAACAAGAUACCGAGUUAGUGUCGGAAAAAUGUGUGAAAAGUGUUGAAAAAGGGGGAAAUUACACGCAUUAUUGUAAGGCCUCGCUCAUCAAGAGCCGAAAAGAACAGAUCAGGAAAGUUGUUAUCAAAUUCAAAAGCAACAACAGCAAACGUGCCCGGAUGAGCGCAGACGAGAUCGGGCUAGCAAGCAAGGAAUGUGCACGAAUAUGCUGAAGCAAGUGGAAAAAGCAAUAACAGAAGCUGCAAGGUUCUUCAAGCUCAUGUUGUGACCAUUUAUGUUUCAUCGCAGGAGGGCCAGCCUCCUGGAGUAAUCGCGAGAAAUAUGUGAAAAAUGCCAAUUUAACCCAAAUAGCUAUCGUGUAUCAGUGCGAAUGCUUGUAAUAAAUCUGCUAAAAGUUUACGACGAGAGUGUGGGAAGCGAAACAAAACAGUAAAUAAAAGUUGCACCAAUUGCUGAAUCUCAACAGCGCCAGCAGCGUUGCGUUCCGAAGCAGGAAUCGUGGCGGUCCAAAGAAGGCGAUCUAAUGCUGCACGUGGCCCAGAAGGUCGAACCGCUGUACCAGAAUGAUCGGAACCAUUCGGGUUAAUCGGCUGGAAACGAAAACUGAAAGUGAAACAACUACCGUAACGGCCGUGCCUGGCCGUUUGCCAACCAGUAGCGAUAAAGCAUAUGAGCGACCGUCGUUCGGUUGCCGACGACAGCGACAGCGACAGCAGCAAAACCAACAUCAACAUCAACAGCAAGAAAAACUGCUAAAUCAGCAACAAUGCAGUCCCAGGACGCGAUAGGCGAUUGCUCUCGUUACAUCUUGCAGGUGUAUGUCGGAGCACUCUCACUCCACUAUGAAGCACUCAGCGUGGAAGCCUCCAAGCAAACAACGGCGGAGGAGAUCGUGUCCUGCAUUGUCGAACGGCUAGGGUUGACGGGCAACAACUAUGAACUGGCGGAAGUAGCCGGCGAGUGUAAAGAACGCCGGCUGUCAUCACACGAGAAACCCGUCUCCGUGAUGUUACUCUGGCCGAUGCAUUCGGAGAAAGAUUUUCAUAGAUUUUAUUUACGUGAAAGACAAAGCGAUGUUCCUUGGGUAGACAGUUAUGGAAUGGAUCCACAGAUACUAAGAGACUUUUUACCAUUUCUAUGUCAGAAAGAUAAUAGAGAGUAUCCUGAUUUGUGCCAAUUGCCGGACCUCAAUGAGGGGACCCUGCUGGAGAAUCUGCGGCAACGCUUCGAAGCUGGCCACAUUUACACGUACGUCGGCAGUAUCCUGAUCGCGGUGAAUCCGUUCAAGUUUCAUCCAAUCUACAAUCCGAAGUAUGUGCGUCUGUACCAGAACCAGCGAAUCGGACCGAUCCUGCCGCCGCAUAUUUUUGCGAUCGCCGACAAUGCCUAUUACAACAUGCUAAAGGAGAAGCGAAAUCAGUGCAUCGUCAUAAGCGGCGAAAGUGGUUCCGGUAAGACCGAGAGCACCAACUUCCUGCUGCACCAUCUGACGGCCCUCUCGCAGAAGGGAGCACAUGGAUCGGGCGUCGAGCAAACGAUCCUGAGUGCCGGUCCGGUACUGGAAGCAUUCGGAAAUGCGAAAACGGCGCACAACAACAACAGCAGCCGGUUCGGUAAGUUCAUCCAGGUUAACUACCGGGAGAACGGCAUGGUCCAGGGGGCGGUUGUGCAGAAAUAUUUGCUGGAGAAAAGCCGCAUCGUAUCGCAGGGGCACUACGAACGGAACUACCAUGUGUUCUACUAUCUGCUGUCGGGAGCGACCGAGCAGGAACGGGUCGCUCUGCAUCUGCUUCCAGCGGAGAAGUACCACUACUUGAACGCUAAAAAUCUAACCCUGGAGAACUGUGACGAAAAGUAUGAAUUUUCGCGAUUGAAACAAAGCAUGGAGAUGGUCGGCUUUUCAGCCGAAAAACAGCGGAGAUUGUUUGCCGUUCUAUCCGCUGUGCUGUUGCUGGGAAACGUGGAAUUCUUCCCGAAGAAGUCCACCUACCACCACGAUGAAAGUGUUCAGGUACGAAACCCGGAGGUGGUCGGACUGAUAUCGGAACUGCUGCGGGUUAAGCAGGAAACGCUCCUGUCGGCGCUGACCUCGAAGCGCGUCAAAGCCAGCGGCGAGACGCUGAUCAUGCAGUACAAGCUGCCGGAAGCGAUUGCCGCCCGCGAUGCGUUGGCCAAGUGCCUGUACGGGGCGCUGUUCGACUGGAUCGUCCUGCAGGUGAACCACGCACUGCUGAACAAGGACCAAACGCUGCACACCGGCCACUCGAUCGGUGUGCUGGACAUCUUCGGCUUCGAGGACUUCGGGCUGCAGAACAGCUUCGAGCAGCUGUGCAUCAACUAUGCCAACGAGCAUUUACAGUAUUAUUUCAAUUUGCACGUGUUUAAAUAUGAGCAAAAAGAGUAUAAGCGAGAGGGUAUCAAAUGGACUGAUAUUGAGUUUUUGGAUAAUUCGGGAUGUCUACAGUUGUUCGAGUCGAAGCCUUCCGGAUUGCUGUGCAUUUUAGACGAUUUGUGCAAUUUUCCGGGGGCAACCAAUGAAACUUUACUGCAAAAGUUUAACAGUGUCCAUAAAGACAAUCAGUUCUACGAGAAACCUCAGCGGAAGGAAAAUGCAUUUAUCAUUAAACACUACGCAGGCAAAGUGAAAUAUCAGGUGGCUGAAAUGCGCGAAAAGAAUCUCGAUCUGAUGCGGCAGGACAUCGUGAGCGUACUGAAGAACUCCAGCAUGGCAUUCGUGCGGGAACUGGUCGGUGCCGAUCCGGUGGCCGUUUUCCGAUGGGCCAUUCUGCGGGCAUUUUUUCGUGGCUAUUUUGCAUUUAGAUCCGCCGGUAUCAAGCACCGCAAGGAGCGCGCCGAUCAGUCCUACAAUAAACUUGCCACCAAAAGUCGCUACCGUGCUCCGAACGAGAGCAUCGUUAGUCAUCUAGUGACGGUUUCAUCAGUGAACCUAACUAUUAAUCGAAUCGCCAAGCGAAUUAGUAAUGCCAUGCACGAUAUCACUUCGAAUGUAACGAACAACAACAGCGGCCAUAGCGGAAAUAGUGCCAACAAUAACAACAACAACAACAACAACAAUAGCGGAAUUAGCUAUCGCCAAUCGCUCGGCCCCGGGACGACCGUAGCGCUGAAUAACAACAGUCUCGGGACACCCCGACGUUCCUGGUCUAGCUAUGCAUUCAACAACAAAAACUUCCCGGACGGUAAACUCAGCUAUGAAAACCAGCAACAUCAGCAACAGCAUCAGCAUCAGCAGCAACAUCAAACCACCGGUGGUUCCCAGUCCUCUGUAUAUAGUAGUAGUAAUAGCAGUAGUAGCGCUAGUGGUAAACAAUUGCUGACAGCCGCGAACCCGUCAGGCGGCGGAAAGAUGGGCUACAACUCGUCGCUGGCCGCCCGGAAUCGCUUCGAACGCUCGACGCAGGAUGUGAUGGCGCGCGCUUCGCAGAUUGUAAUGAAAAACAAAUCCUUUCGACCCCGGGAGCGACCGAAGAAAGGCCUAAAGAACCUGCAGUCGGUGAAAACCCUUUCGGCCGGGCAGAAUCUCAGCAACAACCAGACGGCAGUGAAAACUCGCAAACAACCACUCACCGUAACGGCCCAGUUCCAGAUAUCGCUGAUUGCCCUCAUGGAGACACUCAAUCAGGCGAAUCCAUUCUUUAUUCGGUGUAUCAAAUCGAAUCCGAACAAGGUACCGAAUCAGUUCGACGAUGCCACCAUCACAAGACAGCUCCGUUAUACUGGCAUGCUGGAGACGGUGCGGAUUCGCCGGGCAGGAUACAACGUGCGGCUCACGUACGAAGAGUUUAUCCAGCUGUACCGAAUUUUGCUGCCGAAGGGUUUGGUUAGUUCGCAGAAGGACGUGCGAGACUUUAUGAAUACGAUGGACCUCAACAAGCAGCACUAUCAGCUGGGGCUGACCAAGAUCUACAUGCGCGAGUCGCAGAAGAUGCGGCUCGAUAUCUGUCUGCAUACGCGCAUAAUCAACAGUAUCAUCACGAUCCAGCGGUGGUUUCGAUCGAUACUGCAGCGUAAAAAGUACUGCCAGUACCGCAGUGCGGCCUGCACGAUCCAAUCGUACUGGCGGCUGUACCUGAAGGAGAAGCAGGCCAAGUUUUUGCGCAAAAUACGAACGGAGGCGGCCACCAUCAUACAGAGCACCUGGCGGGGCUACACGGUGCGGAAGUGGUACAACCGGUUGAAGACGGGCGUGCUGGUGAUACAAGCGCGGAUACGGGGGAAUCAGGCACGGGAGCGGUUUAAGGUGAAUUUGAGCAAGAAACUACAACGCGAACGUGCCAAACUGCGCUCAACGCAAAGCCUUCCGCCGGUGGAGCGUGCGUUAGACACCUCGUUCGAUACGCCGGAGAUUCAACAGCACAAGGCAAUCAUCGUCGGCGUGGGAGGCAAGAAGCAACCGUCGCCGGCCGUGGGAAUCAGUUUCGAGUCGGCUAUCGAUAUAGUCAACAAGAAUCAGGCACUUUUUAGUGACAACAGUUUGAGCAGCGCGGACUUCAUCGACGACGAUGACGAUGAUGAUGACGAAGACGAUGAAGACUGCUACGAAGAUAUGGGUCUGGUGGACGAACCGAGUUACGGUCCGUCGGCAAUGCUGAGGCGUGAAAUGUUGCUGGAUAAAAGUGCUUGCAGCACUAGCUCGGAUAGUGGUCUGCUGGAUGGAUAUGGCAGCAGUCAGCAUCAGCAGCAUGUGAAAGUACCCCUCCAAAGGCAGGACGACGUAUUGGAUCAGCCAAUACGAAAGUACGAAAUCGAACGAGCAAGCAAGAGCACAUUUGACGAUGCCGAACUGGCUAAGUAUCGCUAUGAACGGGGCUUAGGUUCGAUCGGCGGAGCCAGUGGGAAGUUACCGGUGCGACGGGUAGACUCCGGACCAUCCCCGAGCCAUCGGGUACGGUACGAUGCGUACGGUAGCAGUGGCAGUGCUGCUCUCAGUAGUGGUGGAAUGAUUCGAAAUCAAAACCACAGCAAUAAUAGUUUUAGUUCCAGUAAUGUUGAAAUCGUUCUUGUACAUACGGGCUUAGAUAGUCUCUCUUCAGUGGCCACUUCCGGAAUUGCCAAUAGCGGUGUCGGUAGCAGCAGUGGCAGCGGUUCGCAUGCUCCGCUCGUCACUCCCGAUCAGUCGCAAAAACAUCCUCUCCAGCGGAAUCUCAACCGUAAUACGAUAAGUCAAACGCAACAACAAUCCAGUACCACACUCAGUCGCCGCGAGCUCCUGUGCCGCAGCCAAGGCGACGAAAUCAACUCCAACUAUCAUCUACAGCAUCUUCAGUCAUCAUCCCUAACGCCAUCGCUGUCGUCUGCCUCGUGUGCAGCCAACUAUCAGAACAUCCAGUACACUUCCACUCCGACGACGGUCUACCAUCAGCAGCAGCAGCAGCAGCAACAGCAACAACCACAAUCCCACACCUUCAACAACAAUAAUAACAACAACACAAUCAAACACAACACCAGCUCUUCCAAUGCCAACCACAGCAACAGCGGCAGUACGAACAAUCUGUACAAUUACGUCACUCAACCGCAGUCACGGCAAUCUUCAGAACAGCAAUACAUCCAGUCUAGCAGCAUUUCAGGGCUACAAAGUAGCCAACGCACGAUGAGCAACUAUUCGGACGAUUUCGUGCAGAAUUACUACAACACUGCUACACCGAAAGGUAAAGCAGCGGCGCUGCUCGGCACCACCAAAUCGGAGGACUCCACCAAGUACCCUAGCGGCAAGGACAUCGAUUUGACACUGUCGAAUGCGAGCGCCCCAGGCGCUGCAACCGGCGGCCCCAUUGCCCCCAGCAAAACGCGCCGCAUCAAAACGAAUCUCAGUGAUGACUUCUCGGGAGUGAUUACCAGUGGACAGAACAGUGGUGGUGGUGGUUCCGGUUCCGGUCAGACGGCCCUAAGUCGACGGGGUGCCAUCGCCGGAAUGGAUACACUGAAGCGCCGCAAUUCGGAUCCGGCCAACAAGAUUCCUCUGCUGGAGGUGAACCGAGGAAACGAUAUGUACCAGUCGAGCACACGGAUCAACAUUGCCGGGCACCAGUUUCGUAAGGUGCAGCGAAUUAAUAAGGCGGAAAAAUGUGCCAGCUGUCAGGAGAGCGAUUCUUUCGUGAACGAAGGCUACCGGUGUUUGGAUUGUAAGGUGUUGGUGCACACCAAGUGCAUCCAGAAUGGCGGUAUUAAAUCACUGCAGUGUGCCGCCAAACGAUCGAAGCGGAUACGAACGGGAAAGCAUGACAAACACGCGCCGAUCGGUAUGGGAAGCACCAGUACUCCUAACUCUAAGUUUUCCGCUACGCGGGAGUACACCGACUCGACGGAUAAGAUUAUAAGUGAUGCCAAAGAGCUCCAGCUGAUGCAGGACUUUAUCACGCAAAAGAUCUGCAAGAUGGAAAGCGACUGUGAGAAGCCCUCGGAGGUGGAUCGGGUGUUCAAGCAAGCCCUGCGGGAGUUCAAGGACAACCUGGUGGCCCAGUACAGUGUGGCGCACAAGCAGAACUCCGAUGUGCUGAACAUCAAGUACCGGGAUCUGAUCGCCAACUUCGAGCAGGUGAUCGAAACGACCUCCGGCAAGAAGAACGACUUCCCCCUGACGAUGGGUGUGAAUGCGUUCCGAGGUUUCAUGAAUGAAUUCAUGAACUCACGGGAAACGGAGAAGCCGAAAACUAAGCGGAAAAAAGACAAGAAACGAAAGCACGACGAGCAUACCACUUAUAAUGGUCACACAUUCCAGCUGACGAUCAUCAACAUUGCAACGGCCUGCGAAAUAUGCCAACAGUUUCUCCUCUGGCCAAUCGAACGUGGAUUGGUCUGCCAAAACUGUCGACUAACGUGCCACAAGCGGUGCUACCUGAAGUCGGUGGCGUGCAGCAAGAUUGCCAACUCGGGACCGCUGGUUCAGGGCAUGACGAGCGUCGGUGGCACCGGAGGCACCGGCAGCGGAGGCGUUGUUUGCGAUAGCGGUGUGCAGCCCACGAAGCUGUUCGGCGUUCCGCUGACGGCUCUGUGUGCCGGCAGCGAUGGUAUUAAGAUUCCGGCACAAAUCUACAGCCUAAUCAUGAUGAUCGAGAUGCACGGACUGUACUCGGAAGGUAUCUACCGCAAGAGCGGUGUUAGUUCGAAGAUUAAGGAACUGAAGGGCAAGAUGGACCGCGGUAUGGGAAGCGCGGACGAGAUGGACUACGAAAGCUACAACGUGCAUGUUCUAACGAAUGUACUGAAAUCGUUCCUGAGGGAAAUGCCAGAACCGCUGCUAACGUUCGACAGGUAUGACGAUUUUCUAAGGGCAGCGGAUUUAUCGGACAGUAACGAUAGGGUGCAGACGUUGCUGUCACUGAUCAAAAAGAUUCCUCCGGCGCAUCACUGUCUGCUGGAGAGGUUGAUCUUCCAUUUGGCACUGGUUGCCAAGUUGGAACAGUACAACCGAAUGUCGGCCAGUUCGUUGGCGAUUGUGUUUGCCCCUUGCGUGCUGCGAACGAAUCGGUACGUUCCAGCGCAGGACAGCCUAAACGAUAUUGGUAGGCAAACCAAGUGCAUGGAAACGUUGAUAACGCAGAAAAUGCUUAAUGUGAAGAGUACCCUCGCGGAUAUUGACACGUUGGAUACGGCAGCGCAUACGGCCACGACCAGGUUAAGUACAUUACGAAGCAGUAAAGUGUUCACGCAGGAAGAAAUGGUUACUAACUCACGUAGUGGAGGAGGAAGUUUGGAAACCGAAACCGAAGAGAUGUUGCUGGAAGGACAUAUCCAGGAAAUCAAGAAGGAAAAGGCUUUGCUAACGUCGACGCUGCCUAGUCUAGCACGAGCCAGCUCGGACGAUGAUCUACUGUCGACGGAUCUAGAUGGGGAGGGCGGUAGCUUGGAUGAUCUGAGUAGUAGUAAGGAUAAGGAUUUGGACAACAGUUACAACAACGUGAUCAGCGAUAGUGGUAUCUCGAUUCGGUACCAACCGCCGUCCGAUCACGGAAGCAGUAAUGUUAGUCUCAACAAUGACGUACCAAUGGCUGUGAGUUAUAAUUUACGAGAUCAAAGCAUCGAUUACUUCCAUAAGGUAGGCAAAACGAAAUCUCUAUCCCACCAAACGCUGUUGGAUCGGGAAGCAUUUCUUAAAAGCGGUAGUCAUGGCAGUGGUUCCGCUACUACUCCUCAGUCACCGACAGCCACCAUCACCGCGUCGUCUUCGUCUCCUUCGUCCUCGUCGGCUCCGUCUAUGAUCAAAUCGCAGAACGGUAGCUCGAGCAGCGUCAGCAAUAAUAGCAGUAGCAAACGAUCCGAUAGUCAACAGAUGAAUCUCAGCCAUUCGAUGGUGACCCUGUCGACCGAGGGUGGUCGCAGUGGUGGAUCUGCCAGCAACUCCUCAUCGUCCACAUCGGAUCUGCAGCGUCAGAAGCCGAUCAUUAUGCGUAGCAUAUCCGGUGGUUACGAACCGUCAUCGUCACUUGCCAGUUCGGUUGGCGUUGGCGGGGCCUCUCAGAAAAUUCUAAUUCAGCAAUCCGCUUCGAUUCCGAUCGCUGCUACGUGCGCGUCGUCUUCGUCGUUGGGCAACGUGAGCAGUGGCGGCAGCAGCAUCAGCAGCAGUGUGCUGAAGGAUAAUAGCAAAGAAGCGAAAAUGAACCGGCGAAUGUCCGGUAGCCGACGGCAAAACAGUGGCAGCGGGGGACCACCACCACCGCCAGGAUCGUCUGCCGGCGGGGGUGGCGGAUCCUCCGCAGCCGGUAACGGUGGCGAUGACGAACCGAUUAUGGUGUGAAUCGUCGUCGGACGCAAGCGAGACACACGCAAGCACCCGAAAAAAAGCUACUAGUUCAGUUUAUUUGUUUCGUUUGUGUUUAUUCUUUUCGAAAUUACUUUAUUGUUUUCUUUACAAAGAAAAAGAAAACCGAUUCAGUUAGAGGAAGACGUGGUUAAUAUUGAACGAACGAUAUCUACUUUUUCGUCCAAGGCGGGUGAAAAAUAAACUACUCCAAUUGUUAAUACAGCCAACCAGACAAGUAAAAGCAAGUCGCAUUCAGUUUUUAUAUGUAAUAGAAUUAUUAUUAAAACGAUGAUUUAUUGCUAUUAAUCCUAUUUAUAAAGCAAAUCGAAGAAAACAAUUUGUAACAUUGAAACGUGAUCAUAUAUAAAAAAGAGGAGAGUUUAACAGAUAUGAUGAUGGUGUACGUGAGUUACGAUAGUGUUCAAACGAUGACUGAUGUGUGGGUGUGUUUGUUAAAAUGAUGUGCGUGGCUGUACGUGUGUGUGUAUUCGUACACCUGUGAACAGCCAGCUGUGCGUGCGCGAGCGCGAGUGUUUAGGACGUAGUAUAUUUGAAUAUAAACAAACAAACUCAUUAAACUACUAAAAAAAGAAAAGAAUGGUAACAUACAAGCGCAUAUUAAUUCACAUAUUUAGAUAGUGCAGAAUGAAUCCAUAUAACAAAAUUGGAAGAAAAAAAAAUUAUAUAUAAAUAACAAUCACGCUACCCCCGAAACGAAUGAUUAA